GAGCACCUCUCACAUUUGGAGUAUCUCAGUGAAUAAUGAAGAUACUUGGGGAAAGUGGUGCAUUUUCAUUGCAGGGAACGUUUGUCACCUCCAAGCUUUCUAUGUAACACAAAAAGGGCAAAGGAAAAUACUCUAAGGUAAUUGGAUUCAUGGAGUGCUCACAAUGGCUUGCACCAGAUGGAUUGUGCAUCAGAUUAAAUUAUUCUUUAGCACCUGUGUCAAACGUUUAAGCGUAUUACGAAGACAUUAUGAUUUAAAUUUAUUUUCAUGAUUUAAGUCAACACUCAUGGCAAACCAGAAGAAAGCUCUGGCAACAGUGUAUAAAUAGAGAUGUUAUGAUGCCAAUCUCUUAGGAGACUCUUAAAACAAUCCUAAUUACUUAUUGUAUGUUCAUUAGAAAAAGUUAAUUUCCAGUUGGGUUUUGGUCAUAUUUAUGAUACAAUUUUAAUUUGAGUUAUUGUCUAGAGUUUCAAGGUCAAGCCAAAUGUGACUGCAAAAAUAAUCUGAUUUUUUAUUUUCUGAAGAAUGUAAGUUGAUGCUUGCCUGUGCAAAACUUGCUGCCACCGGCAGGGCUUUAAGAUGUUCUGGUUGGUUGCUAGGUGGUUACUUAGUGAUCAAAGUCAAAAGAGCCCACCCCCCAAAUCUCUGAUAUUCUGGAUCCCUAGAUAUGAUUUGGGUUCUUACCUUCAGUAAAGGUCGAUGUGAUGUAUUCACCCGUUUUACUAUUUUACAGUCAAAAAUCAUCUGAUCAUUUAGAAAAGUAUUGGCUCACCUCUCCUCAACUAGCCACACGAUUUCAGGCAUCAUUCAUUCCCGUUCAGAAACAUAGCUGAAUUUCAAUAUUUAGGAAUUAGGGGUUUGUCCCCAACAUUGGACGGACACACGGUUAGUCCUAAACUCACACGAUAAUUAGUUCUAACAAGAAUUUUGUAGAUAACCAAUGAACUAUCUAUUACAUGAAUCAAGAGCUCUGUUAAUUCAAAUGCUGACAUCAAUUGCCCCGCCUUUUGCCUCUGUUUCUAUCAUGUCUCCACCUCUUGUGAUCUCACUAUUUAAUUAAGAAUGGGACUAAGUGAUGUUUUGCAUGCACACUGUCUAAGGUAGAGGAGAGGUGAAGAUCUCAGAGUGUCUCGGAGGCAGUGAAACAGAUUCUACCUCAACAAGCCUCAUCUUUCUCAUCUUUUCUUCAAAUGCACAGCCUCUUCGAUCCUUGUGGGCCUCUUAUUAUAAAUGGAUUGUCAGCUUAGGAGUCACCUCAAUUGAAUUUUUCUUGCUAAAACUCUUGUAGAAGUCUUGUAGUAGUGCGCCUUUGUCUUUCGUACCCCCAUUCCAAUCUCUCAGACCUUUCCUAGCACAAGGCACCUGUAGACUUUCAUCAAUAUGGAAGAGUUUAUGGAGGACCACCAUUGCGGAGACUCACUCUUCCCAAACUCCACCCUCAUUCCUGUCACCAUCAUCUGCCUCCUGCUCUUCAUUGUUGGAGUGACCGGUAACACAAUGACCAUCCUCAUUAUACAGCGCUUCAAGGACAUGAAGACCACCACAAACCUCUAUCUCUCCAGCAUGGCCAUCUCAGACCUGGUCAUCUUCCUCAGCCUCCCAUUUGACCUCUACCGCCUCUGGAAGUACGUACCUUGGGUCUUCGGAGAGCUGGUGUGCCGUCUUUCGCACUACAUCAACGAAGGUUGCACCAAUGCUACUGUCCUCCACAUCACGGUGUUGAGCAUGGAGCGUUACCUGGCCAUCUGCUUCCCUUUCAAAGCCAAGGCUGCCAUCACCAAGCGGAGGGUCAAGUAUGUCAUCCUGGCGCUGUGGGGCUUCGCCCUGCUCUCCGCCGCACCAAUUUUAUUCCUGAUGGGUGUGGAAUAUGAGAACGAGACAAUGCCCGAUCCGGACACGCGGCAGUGCAAGCACACUCGCUAUGCCAUUGACUCUGGACUGCUCCACACCACUAUCUGGGUGUCGACAGCCUACUUCUUCUGCCCCAUGUUCUGUCUGCUCUUCCUCUAUGGGUCCAUCGGGCGUAAGUUGUGGAAGAGCCGUAAUGAGCUUCACGGACCCAAUGCGGCAGCCAGGGAGAGGGUUCACCGACAGACCAUCAAGAUUCUAGCUGUCGUUGUGUUGGUAUUUGCCAUCUGUUGGCUGCCCUACCACAUCGGUCGAUUCCUCUUCACACAUGUGGAUGACUACUACUCUGCCCGCCUCAGUCAGGACUUCAACGUGGCCUCAAUGGUGCUGUUUUACGUCAGUGCCUCGGUUAACCCCGUCCUCUACAACCUCAUGUCCAACAAGUAUCGCUCUGCCGUCAAACGACUCUUCCUGUUGCACCGCAGACUCCACCACAGGCCUGACCAGAGGCACCUCUCAUCGCGCGACGACAUCACCGCCUGUACAGAGACUUUCACCGGGGUGAAAGAAACCAUGAUGACGGAGGAGGGCUUACAGUAACAUCAUUACUCCAGUGUUACAUUGGCUACGUUCACACAGCAACAGAAUAUGGUUGCCAGUCCUGUUUGGAGUGAUUAAGUUAGUUCAGUUGUUAGAGUUUAAAACUCUGCAUAAAAUGGCAUUCUAUUUUCCAUAAGUAAUUUUAAAAAUAAAAACUUAAUCGGAUGGAACCAGAGGGUUUUUGGAUGAAGUAGCUGGAGCUACCAUUAUCUGUACAAUUGUAUUUUCGUAAAUUAACAUUGACCAAUAUUAAUAUAAAAAGUUCAUUGUUAGUUCAUGAUAGCUAAUGCAUUUACUAAUGUUAACAAAGACAACCUUAUUGUAAAGUGUUACCCAUUAAUAUAAAUGUUACAAUUGAAAAGUAAAUGCACAUUGUUCUUAAGGUGGGCAUCUUCUCCCAUCUUCCCCUACAUAUUACAAGUUUGAGAAGUAGAUUGGCUUUGGUUACCUGUUCAGACAGACAUUAAAUUCUGUGUCCUUUAGUGUGAAUAGGACCAUUUGAGAGUCACACACGUGUUAGUAAAUACUGUUGUCAAUCCCAAACAGUGACUGUGUGAACGUAGCCUUUGAGUACCAACUGAAGAGGAGUGUGGGAACCUAAGUGAAAGGAAGAGAAUGUCAGUCAUGUGGGCAUGUUGUAUAAUUAGUGUUAUGAAAAGUAAAAAAAAAAAAAAAUGAUGAGAAUGUUACUGACUCAUGUCAGUAACAUAUGAUUCAUAAAUGAAUCGUUUACUGGUUUGAAAUGGAGGUACAGAUAUUACCUCAGUUAUUACACACAUUAAGGAUGAAUCGCUGCUUCAUUAAUAAGAAUAAAUAAAGAACCAUGUUUUAAUAUAAGUUUUUAUAGAGCUACUUGAUCAGUGGGAAUUUCCAAUUUAAUGUUCCCAGGUUCAAUAUAAGUUAAGUUUUUUUUUACCCAUCCCACAUUUUAUUAAAGAAUGAACAUAAAUUGUGUGUACAGUUUAAUAUAUGUAUAGUACAGCAAUGGGCAAGGUAUUUCAAAGGAAUAGCCACAAGAUUUAAACAUUAUACAUGUUAACAUGAAACUAGUAUUAUGAGAUCAUUUACAAACCUUGUCUGUGCAAAGUUAUAUCCAAAUAUAUAUCCAAUGUAAAACCAUAAAACCUGGCAACAUACCAUAAAGGGACUGUUUACAUAGAGAACCACAGUUAUUACGUUGGUAAUGCACAAGUACAUCCGCCUAUGCAGACACAUGAAUGCGGGGGAAAUCAGCUUGAUGGUCUUCCCAGUAAAUGAGAUGACCGACUGUGUCUGUACACGCUUCUUCGUUUUCUAAUCUAAAAUCACUAUUACAUUAUAUGCUUCCUGUAUGCCUUCCAAAUCAUUGAAUUUAAAUUAAAGCCUGUUUACCUUUCAGUACACAUAACUAUCACAACUAUGUGCCAUUUUACUGUGAUGUGUCAUUUUGUGCCUAGAAAUAUUUCUGUUGUGUCCUUGUCAUUUCCUUUGUACAUAUUUUAAUUCAUUAAAAUGAUACUAUAUAACAAACAUAAUUAUGAUUAAGGAUGGAAAGCAUUCUGUUAUUAUUGAUCAAUUAAGAUAAAGGUGCUCUCAGUAAUUUUUUCCUCAUUAAAAAAGUUUAACUCCUAAAGACAUGAAUUGUAAUUUUGCAAUAUAUGAAUAAAAUCAUGAGCACUCACAUUAAAAUGAAGACUCCAGUCAUAUCAGUAACCUUAUAAAAGCUGUUUUAUUCUACAUGGAGAGGGUCCGCACAUGGGGGCUGCCAUUUUACAACCACAUGACCUGCCGAAUACUACUCCCUUAAUCUCAGUAACCGUCCUGUUGUUUGACACUUUCACUCAUUGAUUAAAAUAAUCAUAGCUGACUGUGAAUACUACAUUUCUACAAUGGCAUCUGAAACUGAAAACUAUUGUUUUUAAAUAAUGCUGCAUCCAAGCCACUAGGUGUCAGUGUAAGUCCAAGAUGACAAAGACAAUAGUAACUGAGUGCACCUUUAAAUAACAGCAAACAUUUGAGGAUUGGUCAACCAAAAACAACCCUAACAUAUAUACUGUACAAAUAUAUCUCCCUAGUGAGAGAACCACUGUAUUAAAAUAUACUCUCUUGAGCACCACCCACUCAUUAACAUAGAAUUUACAUGUUGACU